CGGACCGUUUAGCAGUAAUUUUUCAGUUUCGGUUUUUCGGUGUUCCAUGCUCGGUUCUAAGGCUUUUCCUCUCUCUUUUCGCCCUACGCCUAUAUAUACGCCCCCCAAAAACGACCCGGCUAAUUUAGGUGUAUGGAUAUACGGCCCGUGCCUAAAUAUAAAUAAUCCCGACAAAUGUGUUUCAUCUACGAGUAGUCCAGAUUCCUUAGGCUAUCUUUUGCGGGCAAUCAUUAAGCUAAACACGUAACAUUCACUCAGGUAGCAAAGAACAACAACAAAUUACAACUACAACGCCAAUAAAAACAAUAAUAUAAGUAAAGAGAGAGAACAAAAGCGAUGACGCCGGAAAAAUCGGUUAUGGCCUACGUCAAUCAUUUGAUAGUCAGCAAUUUUUCAUAUUUCUGGGACGAGAUUGAUGGCUAUCUGUACUAUCUGGGCGGAACUUUGGGUACUGUAACCCUAGGAAGCCUGGCCGCAAGCAUUGCAUACUAUUUUGCUACAAGACCCGUACCGGAACGACCGUUAGUGCCUCUGGAAAACCAAUCCCCAUUGCUUGAGGGUCCAGAACAAAUACACGUCUCCAAAUUCUACAAGGAGUCGAAGAAUGGAAAGUUCGUGUCCUACAUCACAGAGAAUGUCCGCACCCUGUACCAAACGUUUCGCGAGGGCGCCUACGCCUCCAACAAUGGACCAUGUCUCGGUUGGCGCGAAACCCUGACAUCCCCAUACCAGUGGAUCAACUAUGAUGAGGCUCUGCUGCGCGCCAAGAACUUUGGUGCCGGAAUGCUGGCGCUGGGAGCCCGGCCGAAGCAGUUGAUCGGAAUUUACUCGCAGAACCGCCCCGAAUGGAUCCUGUACGAGCAGGGCUGCUACUCGUUCUCCCUGGUGGUGGUCCCACUGUACGACACCCUGGGUCCCGACGCCUGCGCCUUCAUCAUACGCCAGACGGACAUGGCCAUCGUGGUGGUGGAGGAUGACGGCAAGGCCGCCAUGUUGCUGGAAAAGGCGCCGCGCAGUCUGAAGAUCAUAGUGGCCAUCAAGCCCAUCCGCCAGACGACCUUGGAGCGAGCCCGCAGUCGGGGCAUACAGAUAUUCUCGUUCAUCGAUGUGGAGAAACUGGGGGCCAAGGGCAAUCAUCCGGAGGUCCCGCCGACGGCGGAGGAUCUGUGCACGGUGUGCUAUACGUCCGGAACGACGGGCAAUCCGAAGGGCGUGAUGCUCACCCACGGCAACGUGGUGGCCGGCGUCUGUUCUGUGAUCCUGCAGAUGGGCGACCAUCGCAUUCGGGCCGGCGACGUGAUGGUAUCCUUCCUGCCCCUGGCCCACAUGUUCGAGCGGUGCUGCGAGAACGGAAUGUACUAUGUGGGCGGUUGUGUGGGCUUCUAUUCCGGGGAUAUCAAGGAACUGACGAACGAUCUGAAGAUGCUGAAACCGACCGUAAUGCCGGCAGUGCCUCGCCUCCUGAAUCGAGUCUACGACAAGAUCCAGAGUGAUAUCGCAGCCUCGGGCUUGAAGAGAGGUCUCUUCAACAUGGCCAUGCGGGCCAAGGAGAAGGAGAUCGCCAGGGGGGUCAUGCGGCGGAACGGCUGCUGGGACAAGUUGGUCUUCAAGAAGGUGCAUCAGGCAUUUGGCGGAAAUCUUCGUCUAAUGGUCGUGGGAUCGGCCCCACUGGCGGGCAACGUGCUCACCUUCAUGCGCUGUGCCCUGGGUUGUUUGGUCCUCGAGGGAUACGGACAGACGGAGUGCACGGGGGCCAUAACCCUCACCGUUCAGGGUGAUCAUGUGCCUAACCAUGUGGGACCACCGGUGUCCUGCAACGCUGUGAAACUGGUGGAUGUGCCGGAGAUGGAGUACUUUGCCAAUCAAAAUACGGGGGAGGUGUGUGUGCGAGGAUCGAAUGUGUUCCAUGGUUACUAUAAGGACCCAGAGAAGACGGCGGAGGCCAUUGACUCGGAGGGCUGGCAUCACACGGGCGACGUGGGCAUGUGGCUACCAAAUGGAACCCUAAGGAUCAUCGAUCGCCGCAAGCACAUCUUCAAGCUCAGCCAGGGCGAGUAUAUAGUGCCCGAGAAAAUUGAGAAUAUCUACACGCUCAGUCAGUACGUUAAUCAAGUCUAUGUUUAUGGAGAGAGCUUAAAGAGCUGCAUUAUCGCGGUUGUUGUACCUGAUACCGAUGUACUGAAGCAAUGGGCCACGGAGAACAAUGUACGCGGCACACUCUCCGUCCUGUGCAACAAUAAAAAUGUCAAGGAACUGAUCAUGGACGACAUGCUCAACUGGGGCAAGCAGAGUGGACUCAAGUCAUUCGAACAGGUAAAAGAUGUCUAUUUGCAUCCGGAUCCCUUCUCGGUGCAAAACGGACUGCUGACGCCCACAUUCAAAGCCAAGAGACCGCAAUUAAAGAGCUACUUCAAGCCACAGCUGGAGGAUAUGUAUAAACACCUGGAUUAAAGCAAUACCUAUAAAGAAAUCAACAACGAAUCGAACUCAAGAAACUGGGAAGCAUUCAUUCAAAUAUGCCUAUACCAUUUUAAACUGAUGAUAACAAAGACUACAGAUACGGAUACGAAAGCGAACUGUCUAAUUUUGUAGUUUCGUCAAUUCUUAGCAACUAAGAGGAGCGCAAGAUACACCAGAUACAGAUACAAUACACAUAAAAUAUACACAACUUUUCAAACUGACAAGGAAAAUCCUUUUGACAGCCGCAUUUUUUUAUAUAAUUUAAUCGAGAAGCGAUCCCUCAAUAAUAUGUUAACUAUAUAUUUCCUUUAAACACUUAUGAUUCUAGUUCAAAGUGAAUAGAAAACAAUUGCGUAGUCUGAACCAAAACAUAUAUAACUAACAUAUUGAGCAAAUUGAAUAAAAUGAAAGCUUUAAUUAACUAUCGUAUUCUACACUCACCUUUAGAUGGAAAACUAAAGUGAAGAAUAACAUUUUUAAAUUAUAUACUAGACACGCUAAACUAAAUUAAUGGGAAUGAAAUGUUCAACGCAAAUGCUGAGGAAAUAUAUUUAAAAAACAAUGGAACUUCAACUGAGAAGCAGAUCAAACUAAAUAAUAAAUAUGAAAAAGAUCCAAUUCUUUGGACUGCACUGUCUGCCUUACAAAAACCAAAUGAAAAUUUAUUAAUAAAUUGCUAAAAUAAUAAACUAUUUCAUAUUAAGAGCUAAACAAUAAAGUAAAGCAGCAUUAUAUUAAAAUUAUUAAAUAAUUUCUUUAUGUAGAUACAAACGCAAGAGAAUUCAAAAUAUA